AUGGUCUAUACACUCGUGUGUCAUCUCGAAGCCAAGGAUGACGACUCAAUCGAGAAGAUCAAACGCAAGCUCAUCGAAGCAGCUCGCGUCUACCGAAAGGACAAAGAAACAGUCGACUGGUUCGUCAUGCAGGAUGUAAACAAUCCACGGAAGUUCAGCAUUGUCGAGCGCUUCGAGCACGAGAGCAGCCAGAAAUACCACCUCGAGAACCCCUAUUGGAAAACGUUUGAUCCAUAUGUUAAGCCGCUUUGCGUCAAUCAGCACAUUGAACUAUCGCGGCAUGAAGAGCUAGACACAAGCAAGGACGUCGAGCUACUGCCUCUAUGA